AUGGUUGCCACUCCAUCAAAAUUCGCCAAUAAAGAAAAUCUUAGCACACCACCAAGGGAUGCUCCUCCACCCACGCCCAUAACUAAAGGUUUAAACUUAACUACCACGCCCAUAGUCAAAAAGGAGAAACGACAAACCAGCUCACGUUAUAAUGUAUCCAAAAAUUGUGAAUUAACAACAUUAUCCCCCUUGAAUGAGACAUCAUCGGGACAUCCACCAAAAAUUCUGCCUAACCAACAGCAGCCACCAUCUGUGGGGAGUGGUUAUUUUGGCUUAGGUAUACCAAAAUCCCCAUCAUUUCACAGUGGAUUAGAUCUAUUGGCCGAUGACGAUGAUACCACCGGGCGGGAUGGGGAUGUAGUAGUAAUGCAAUCACAACAGCAACAACAACAAUCGCAACAGCCAACAACAGCGGCGACAACUGUCGUCAGCGGGGGCGGCGUCGGUGUUGUCGGUGUCAUUGGUUGCAAAUUCAAAUUCACAAAUAUUGAAGAGAUCAAGGCAAAAUUAACAAAUAGUUCCUCAACGUCGAAAAGUGUUGUUACGAAAAUCUAUAAUAAAAUGCCAACAUUGCAUGCUCACGAUAGCAACAAUAGUAGUAGUGCAUCAAUAAUAGCAUCAUCAGCAUCACCAUCACCACAAUCAACUUCCCACCCCUCCUCCUCCACAGUAACAACAACAACACCACAAUCAUCAACAACAACUUCAUCAUCAUCAUCUUCUUCAAGUGCAUCAGCAUCUUCUUCUUCUUCAAUAUCGACAUCAACUUCUGCAGUUAACAUUGCAGCUACAUCCGUUUCACAAAAUACAAUAAAAACAUCGAUGGCCUCGGCAUCGUCAACAAGCGGCAACAGUGGUGGUGCAUCUGCAGCAACAACGUCAUCGUCGGCAUCAUCAUCAGCUGCAACAAGUUCCAUUUCGUCGACAACAUCCUCGAUUGUGUCGACAUUAGCUCAACAUUUUAAUGCGGCCACCUCAGCAACACAGCUGCUAACGACAGCCUCAUCAACACUUGGUUCCAAUAAUAAGUCUCCAGUAAGUGCCGCCACAGCCAUUAAAAAUAUCCUAAAUGCAACUAAAAAUGUGGGAAAUUCUGCUGCAAACAACAGUAGCGCAGCAGCAGCGGCAGCAUCUAAUUCUAGCAGUGGCCUACAAUCAACAUCUUCAUCUACAUCAUCAUCACCGCCAUCGGCAACAGCAUCAUUAUCUUCAUCGGCAUCGUCCGCGUCCUCAUCAGCGUCAUCAUCUUCCUCAGCUACAGCAGCUGCAUCAUCCAGUGCAUCGUCGUCAUCCACAUCAGCAGCACCAGCAUCCUCGAAUAAUGGCGGCGGCUCUGUAACUCAACAAAUAGUUAGCGGUAUAAGUAUAUCUUUGGGUAUUGGUAAUGCUUCGGCAAAUAAUAAUGGCAAAUCGGGUGGUGGUGGUGGACCGUCACCGGGGCGUAAUAAUGGCAACCAAGCAACAGCAUCAACAACAAUUGUAUCUAAUACAGUGUCACAAGCGGCAGCGGCACCAGCUACCACAAAACCAAAUAAUCAACAACAACCGGCACCACCACCAUCCUUACAGCAACUUAAUCAAGGACAGCAUCAAAAUGGACAUGAUAGUGGAGGUGGUGGUGUUGGCAACAGCAACAAUGACCUGACUCCCACUAACAAUACAAAUGUUUCAUUAAACACCACAACCACCACACAAACAUUGCAACAAAUCACUGGCAGUCCUGGUAGAGCUAGAGAUCGUAAUGUAUUUCAUUCGCCAAAUUCAUCAACGGCAGCAGUGCAAUUACCAUUACUACGAGGUUGA